AUGGCCGAAUUGCCCAAAACCCUUUUCAGCAAACAUCUCCUGAAACUUCUCAAAUCCGAAAAAGACCCAAUCUCAGCUCUCUCCCUCUUCGAUUCAGCCAUCCGUCACCCAGAUUACACCCCAACCCCUUCCGUCUUUCACCACAUUUUCCGCCGUAUUUCACAAUCUCCAAAACUCCUACCUCAACUGGCGCGAAUUGUAAAUUUGAUUGAAGCCAAGAAAUGCAUCUGCUACGAAGAUAUCCCAUUGAUUGUUAUCAAAGCGUAUUCCAGUAACUCCAUGGUUGAUCAAGCAUUAGACCUUUUCCAAAGAAUGACAGAAAUUUUUGGGUGCAAACCCGGUAUAAGAUCUUACAACACUCUUCUCAAUGCGUUGGCUGAAUCUAAUCAAUUCAAUCGUGCGGAUUUGUUUUUUAAGAACUUUAGACGGAUGGGUGUUUUCCCCAACUUGGAAACUUAUAACAUUCUGAUCAAACUUUUCUGUAAGAAAAAACAAUUUGAUAAAGCAAAGGAAUUGCUGAAUUGGAUAUCUGAAAGAGGGAUGGUUCCGGAUGUCUUCAGUUAUGGUACUUUGAUAAAUGGGCUAGCCAAGAGUGGGGAGAUGACCAGUGCCUUGAAGGUGUUCGACGAAAUGUUUGAGAGAGAAGUAACUCCAGACGUGAUGUGUUACAAUAUUUUAAUUGAUGGGCUUUUCAAGAAAGGCGAUUUUUCUAAAGCAAACGAGGUGUGGGAGAAGUUAGUUAACUCCUCAUCAGUCUAUCCAAAUGUAGGCACUUAUAACGCCAUGAUUGAUGGUUUUUGCAAGUGUGGACAAUUUCAAGAAAGUCUGAAAAUUUGGAACAGGAUGAAGGAAAACAAUAGACAAAUGGAUUUAAUCACCUACAGCACAGUCAUAAAUGUGUUUUGUGAAUCAGACAAUAUUGAAGGUGGCAUGACAGUUUUUAAAGAAAUGAUUGCCAAAAAUGUGUCCCGUGAUGUUGCAAUAUACAAUGCUUUGCUCAACGGAUAUUGUCAUGCAGGAAAGAUUAAAGAAUGCUUUAAUCUAUGGGAUCUCAUGGAGAAAGAUAAUUGCAGGAAUAUAAUCAGUUUCAAUAUCUUCAUCAAAGGAUUAUUUGAAAACAAAAAGGUAACUGAGGCAAUUUCUGUAUGGCAACAACUAUUACAUGAUAACCCUUCUCUUAUAACCUCCACCACUUAUGGCAUUUUGAUCCAUGGAUUAUGCCAAAACGGGUAUAUAGACAAGGCUUUCACUAUUCUAAAAGAAACACAAGUUUGUGUUUUAGAUCUCAUGGUUACAAAUGGCUAUAAUCCAAACACCAAUGUUUGUAACACACUACUCAAAGGCUUUAUUCAAGCUCAUAAAAUUAAAGAUGCUAUCAACUUCUUUGAUAAAAUGGCCACAAGGGGUUGUCCACCUACUAUUGUCACUUACAAUACUUUAAUUCAUGGAUUAUGCAAAUCAAAAAGGUUUGAUGAAGCCUAUCGACUUGUGAAGGAAAUCUUGGAAAAGGGAUUAAAGCCUGAUAUGAUCACUAAUAGCUUGUUAAUGCGUGGAUUAUGUCAAGACAUGAAGGUGGAAUUAGCUCUUAAGUUAUUUCACCAAGUUCUUGAUAAUGGUUUCAAACCCGAUGUAAUCAUGUACAAUAUUAUAAUUCAUGGGCUUUGUUCUAUAGGUAAUGUUGGAUAUGCAUUGGAGUUGUAUCUAAAGAUGGAUGACAACAAAUGUGUUCCCAAUCUUGUUACACUCAACACUUUAAUGGAGGGUUUUUACAAAGUUAGGGAUUGUAUAAAUGCAUAUGUUAUAUGGGGAAGGAUUUUGAAGAUUGGAUUUCAACCUGAUAUUAUCUCAUAUAAUAUUGUUCUUAAAGGGUUAUGUUCUUGUCAUAAGAUGAAUGAUGCUAUUCAUUGUUUGAAUGAUGCUGUGGCUAUGGAGAUUGUUCCAAGUUUCAUUACUUGGAAUAUACUUGUGAAGGCAGUUUUGAAGUCAAUUGGGUGACAAGACCUAUCAAAAUUAACCCUAGAAUCACACCUUUUCUCCAAUCAAAUGAUUGAGAGAUGAAGGAAUCGAUUAAAGAGAUGCUAAUCAACCCGAUUAAUCCAAGCUUGCUUGAUUCCGCCGAUUCUUCAAAAGCUUGCAUUUGGCUCUCGAUAUUCCCCAUUAUCUGUAAUUGAUGAAAAAAAAAAAAACAAAGAAUACCAGAGUCAAAGUCGGUGAAACUCGGCGUACGUUAGUAUAUGAAGUGACAAACCCUAAGACUGGCUUCUUCGAGCUCCUUGCGUGCGUUUUCGCCGACUUGAUCAAACUCGGCGUUGGCUUCUUCUGCAAAUUGCGUAAGAUAAUCGGAUCGUUCAUCUAAGAAAUCGGUGAGACGGACUUUUUGGGCUUGAAGCAUUGCGAUUCUCACUAGAAGCUCCUGCUUUUUGGAAUCGCCUUCGUCGGAGGUGGUAUUGGGAUUUUCAUCGGAGUUUUUGGAUUUGCGUAAGAACAGCCGUGAGUGGUGGUGGUUCUUGAUGGGUGGAUCUGUUCGGUAGAAGAAAUCAUGCUUUGUUGAUGUAGUGAAGGUGGUUGUUUGUAUGGAUUGCAAUGAAAUCAUGGUGUUUUUUUCCUUCUCUGUUUCUGUUUCGAAGCAUUUUUGGACCUCUUUAUCACCACCUUACGUACAUUAUCUUUAUUUGGUGUUGUAGUGUCUAUUUUCCAGAGCAAUUGUUAGUAAAUCCAGAACACCAAUGAUGUGGUUGGUUUGUAUAUUGUUGUGGAUUUAACCAAUGAAGUUUAUGUUUAAUAUCUUGUUAUUG